CCCUGGCAAAGGGAUGCUGGUAAUGUCUGCAAAUGAAAAAAAUGAUAAAGCAAUAUAGAGGAAAAUAGGCGGGCGUCCGUUUCUAUUCUCUUCUGUUUUUAUUUUUAAUCGGACACCGUUUGGACGGACAUCUGCACGCGCUUCUUCGUUUUGACCAAACGGAAUAAAGCCACAGAUGGUCACAAUAGACGUUCCACAUUAGCCACAGAGAGUCACGGACAGACCGUCCUUCCCUGACGGAGGAAAGCUCCUGUUCUAGUGUGGAGAGAAAAGCAGGAGGCACGCCUUUACAUGAGACGAGGAUGACGGUUUGUUAAUGUCAGCUUGGUUGUGAGUUGAGCUUGAAAUCUGUGCUGUCUCUACUUGCUCUGCUGCCUGAAGCCUGUCAAGAUGUACGGCAGCUCCCGCUCGGUGAGCAAAAUGGACGGCAAUCACGGCGGAAGCCGUGCUAAUCAGGGCAACACCGGGCGUUCUCCACGCCUGCCGCGCUCACCCCGUAUGGGCCACCGCCGCACCAACAGCAUGGGAGGCAGCGGGGGUGGGCCUGGAGGCUCUGGAGGCAAGACCCUCUCCAUGGAGAACAUCCAGUCCCUCAAUGCUGCUUAUGCCACGUCGGGCCCCAUGUACAUGAGCGACAACGAGGUGGCCCUCGCCACCUCCUCCGACAUCCCGAAGAGCAGUGCUGCCACUGGACGCUUCGGAGGCAGCAUCCCCUACGGCGUGCGCGGGACGGUCAUGGGCAGCACUCCAGACAUGGCCAUGGUGCCGGCCGUGUCUACCGACUCCAUGGGCUUCGGCAGUGAACUCCACACAGCCUCCACCGUCCCACACUCCCUGCGCCAGGCCCGUGACAACACCAUCAUGGAGCUCCAGGCGCAGCUGAAGGAGGUGCUAAGGGAGAACGACCUUCUGCGGAAGGAGGUGGAGGUGAAGGAGAGCAAGCUCAGCUCCUCCAUGAGCUCCAUCAAGACCUUCUGGAGCCCCGAGCUGAAGAAGGAGCGAGCGCUGCGAAAGGAUGAGGCCUCAAAGGUGGCUGUGUGGAAGGAGCAGUACCGCGCCGUGCAGGAGGAGACUCAGCACCUGCAGACCACCGUGCAGGCCUUGCAGGCCGAGCUGCGCAUCCAGCGGGAUCUGAACCAGCUGCUGCAGCCACCCGGUGAGCCUCUGGCAUGUGAGCCGGGUGAGGAGCACGAGCGGCAAGCGCGGGAGCUCUUCCUGCUGCGCCGCACACUGGAGGAGAUGGAGCUGCGGUUGGAGACCCAGCGGCAGACACUGGCUGCCCGUGAUGACUCCGUCAAGAAGCUGCUGGAGAUGUUGCACAGCAAAGGACCGUCGACCAAGUCCAGCGAGGAGGACCAUGAGCUCACCUGCCGCCUGGCUGACGCAGAGAUGCAUGCACAUCACCUGGAGAACAUGCUGGAGCAGCGCGAUAAGGAAAUAGUGGCUUUGCGUGAGGAGCUGCAUCGCCACCUUGAAGGGACGCCAGAGUCUACAAAAACCAAAGCUCUGCAAACCGUCAUAGAGAUGAAGGAUUCCCAGAUCAACUCUCUGGAGCGGGGCCUGAGGGAGCUGGAGGAUCAGGUCAUGAUGCUGCGCUCCAGUAGCAUGCUCAGCUGCGAGGAGCGACAAGAGGAGGUCAAGCAAAUGGAGGUGUACCGCAACCACACCAAGUUCAUGAAGAACAAGAUGGACCAGGUGAAGCAGGAUCUGUCCAGGAAGGACACUCAACUCCUCGGCCUGCAGACCAAACUGGAGACCCUGACCAACCAGUUCUCUGAUAGCAAGCAGCACAUUGAGGUGCUCAAAGAGUCCUUGACUGCCAAAGAGCAGCGUGCUGCCAUCUUACAGACCGAGGUGGAUGCGCUGAGGUUGCGUCUUGAGGAGAAGGAGACACUGCUGAACAAAAAGAGCAAGCAGAUCCAGGACAUGUCCGAGGAGAAAAGCACACUCAACGGAGAGAUCCAUGACCUCAAGGACAUGCUAGACGUCAAAGAGCGCAAAAUCAAUGUUCUACAAAAAAAGAUUGAGAACCUCCAGGAGCAGCUGAGGGACAAAGAAAAGCAGAUGGGCAGCCUGAGAGAAAGAGUGAAGUCUCUGCAGACAGACACCUCCAACACAGAUACAGUCCUCACCACUCUGGAGGACUCACUGGCUGAGAAGGAGCGCAUCAUCGAGCGUCUGAAAGAGCAGCGUGACCGGGAGGAGAGGGAGAGGGCUGAGGAGCUGGACAGCAGCAAGAAGGAGCUAAAAGAGCUGAAGGAGAAAGUGAGCUUACUGCAGGGAGACCUCUCAGAGCGAGAGACUUCUCUGCUGGACCUCAAAGAGCAUGCGUCAUCCUUAGCCUCGUCUGGGCUAAAGAAAGACUCCAAACUGAAAACCCUGGAGAUUGCCCUUGAGCAAAGGAGGGAAGAGUGCUCUAAACUGGAAAACCAGCUGAAGAGGGCCCAAAAUGCAGCCGUGGAAGCGCAGGCCAACUCGGAGCUCUCGGAGCGCAUUGCCUCGCUGGAGGCUGAUGUGGCCAGGCACAGAGAGGAGUCUGGAAAGGCCCAGGCUGAAGUGGAUCGCCUGCUAGACAUCCUGCGCCAGAUGGAGAAUGAGAAGAAUGAUAAGGACAGGAAAAUCAAUGAGCUCGAGAGUGUGGCUUCCAGGCAGAUGAAGGAGCAGGGUAAAAAACCCUCUGGAAAGCACAGGGAGCCGGCCAGCAAGGGCCGAAACACCAGCGAUGCCCCACAACAGUCUCAGGAGUCUCUGCGGCAGAAGUCAGAGCGGAUUGAGGAGCUGGAGGAGGCCCUGAGAGAGAGCGUGCAGAUGACGGCGGAGAGAGAGAUGGUGCUGGCACAGGAGGAGGCAGCACGCACCCACCAUGAGAAACAGAUGGAGGAGCUGCUUGGAGCGAUGGAGAAAGUGAAGCAGGAGCUCGAGUCCAUGAAGGCUAAGAUGUCAUCCACGCAGCAGUCUCUGGCCGAGAAGGAGGCCCAUCUGACCACGCUGAGGGCCGAGAGGAGGAGGCACCUGGAGGAGGUGCUGGAGAUGAAACAGGAGGCUCUGCUGGCUGCCAUCAGUGAGAAGGAUGCUAAUAUCGCCCUGCUGGAGCUGUCCUCGUCAAAAAAAAAGAAGACGCAAGAGGAAGUGGCCCAGCUGCGAAGGGAGAAGGACCGUCUGGUGCAGCAGCUCAAACAGCAGACACAGAACCGGAUGAAGCUCAUGGCGGGUAAUUAUGACGAUGGCCACCUGAAAACGCCACCUGACCAGACAAACCACAAACCUCCGAAAUCUCCCGAUCAGGAUGAUGAGGAGGGCAUUUGGGCAUAGCCACUCUGGCAGCCUUUUUGUUUUAGAAGGAUGAAACCUGGGCGGAGAGCUGCAGUGCACAGGAGCUCCACAUUAGCCAACUGAUCAUACCGUACAACCAGAGAGGACCCAACCCACCUCCCAUCUGUUUCUGUAGAACCAACCCUGCCCACAUAUCACCACACCAAGGACCAAGGACCCUCAGAUGUCUGAGCCUGGGUUGGUGAGAGUCAGACUGACGCUGUGACCGUGGCCUGGACUCCUCUUAAGACCAGCAGUGAAUGGGCCUGUCCUCCAGGAGCCACCAGCCGUGAUCUGACCCUCCUCUCUCCAGCUUCAUCACUCUCUCUCUCUGCCCUCUGCUCUCCUCUCCUCUCUGCUCUUAUCCUAUGAUCUAAAGACCACAACGAGCCUAAAAUAGUUCUUCUCGUGGUCUUAAAAGCCCCAGUCAAGAGAUUUUCUAUCAGGAGUUUAUUGAGCUAAAUUACAUGUAAAUUGAUUGCCUUUGAUCUACUCAAUCCACAAUACCUGUAUAUACUAAGUUGUUUGAGCUUAAAAUCAACUCCUAGAUAAAUGUUGAUGUUCAAAGAAGCAAAUCAAAGGUGGCUUUGACUUGAUCCACCACUAAUACACAACAAGUAGUGUAAAAAGAAGAAAAAAAAAUGUUCAAAACAAUCUUGUCGGGGCUUUUUCGCUGAUGCAGCUGUCAAAUUCAGCAGCGUUAGUUGAAUUGUGAAUGCAAUUUUUUCAUUUUAUACUUUUGAUUACUGUGUUACGUCAUCACGGUUGAUUACAGACGUAGAAUGUCCAGCAACCUGAUGGGUGGUGCUAUGUAAACAUUUCCGAGUAAUCUGAAUGCCAAACCGUUGUAUAAAGUAAUAUGCUAAUUUGACAGCUGUAUCUGGUGCCAGGCUUGUUCACUCGUUGGAGUUUAGGUAGCUACCUUCUUGCACUUCCUUACUGGUUGUACACUUCUUUUAACAAUACUGAACAGAAAACCUUUAGUACACGUCCAUAAGCAUCAUCCAAGUGUUGAAAGAGAUCUGUCAUCUCACCACGUACGACGUCCGUGGUGCAAAAUCAGGUACUGUACAUGUCACUUAAUUCCAAACGUAACAGCUGCUAAAAAUCAAUAGACAAUAUAAUGUGUGUGAAACUAUUUUGUAGUGCUCAUGACGGAGUCGUACAACUCUCGUGAGGUGGCUGUGGGGUUUCAGUUUAAGUGUUAUUAUUCUCUGUAUAUGCAGAAGAAGCACAGAGGUCCACUGUAGCAGCUCUUUCAAUAAACGUAGGCUCCAAGUAUCAUCAUAUCAUAUCUAGAGGUCUAGUUUAUGGGAGCACAUUGCUGGUUUUAUGUACUCUCAUAAACAGAGAUGUCAUUUUGUCUCUCUCUCUCUCUUGCAGUAAAUUUUUUAUGUUGCAUUUGUGGCCUAUUGUCUUUGUGUAUUGAAAAAAAAAGAUAGUUCUCUCUAAAACAAACAAACAAAAGAAAUAAGAUAAAAGAUGAAAAGACGGGUAUGAGCAUUCUGACUUUGUAUAAAUGUGUAUGUAUAUAAAUAUGUAUUAUCAGUGU